AUGGGGCCUCCCCGCGCCCUUCCUCUCUCCCCUCCCAUCACUUUUCCCGUCGCCUUCGCGCUCUCCCUCCCGUCGCCUGCGCGCUCUCCCUCCCGUCGCCUUCGCGCUCUCUCCCCCCUCGCCUUCGCGCUCUCUCCCCCCUCGCCUUCGCGCUCUCCCUCCCGUCGCCUUCGUGCUCUCCUUCCCGUCGCAUUCGCGCUCUCCAUUCCGUCGCCCUUGCAAUUUCCCCUCUCUUCCGUCGCCCACUUCAUCUCCUAUCCCGUCGAAUUCCUCCUCUCCCCUCUCAUCCCGUCGUUCACCUCCUCUCCCCUCCCAUCCCGUCUUCUUCGCGCUCUCUCCCCCCUCGCCUUCGCGCUCUCCACCCCCUCGCCUUCGUGCUCUCUCCGCCCUCGCCUUCGCGCUCUCUCCCCCCUCGCCCUCGCGCUCACGUUCCUCCCUCCCAUCGCCAUCGUGCUCACGUUCCUCCCUCCCCUCGCCAUCACGCUCACGUUCCUCCCUCCCCUCGUCAUCGCGCUCACGUUCCUCCUCUCCCCUCCCAUCCCGUCGUUUGCCACCUCUCUCCCAUCCCGUCGUUCGCCUCCUCUCAUCCCGUCGAAUUCCUCCUCUCCCCUCCCAUCCCGUCGAAUUCCUCCUCUCCCCUCCCAUCCCGUCGAAUUCUUCCUCUCCCCUCCCAUCCGUCGUUCGCCACCUCUCUCCCAUCCCGCGUUCGCCUCCUCCCAUCCCGUCGAACUCUUCCUCUCCCCUCCCAUCCCGUCGUUCGCCUCCUCUUCCCUCCCAUCCCCUCGUUCCUCCUCUCUCCCCUUUCUUCCCGUUGCUCUUACCAAGGAAACGUCUUUUCUCGUAGCUCUGCUCUCAAAUUUUGCAUAUGUGUGCGCUGGACUUUGCCUGUGUUGUUGA